AUGGAUGUCACCACACAGACAUUCCCGUAUCAUCUUGCGCGGAUGCUGCAGGACCUUGCGUCCUCUGUCUUUGUCUCCAUUGACCUGGAGUUCUCUGGUAUCCCAAAGGCUCAACAGGGACGAGCAGGCCCACCGCAGAGCUUACAGCAGAGAUACCAAGAAGUCAAAGAGUCUGCGUCCAAAUACCAAAUACUCCAAGUCGGCUUGACCUUUUGUCAUGAGGAUGCCGAGGCAGCAAAGUAUACACUGAAACCAUAUAAUCUAUAUCUGAGCCCGAUCAUCGACCGUAGGCUAGAGGUUGAGCGGAACUGGUCAUUCCAGAGUAGCGCGGUUGAGUUCCUUUUGGAAAACAAAUUCAACAUGGACGCUCUGUACCGAGCCGGCGUCACAUAUAUAUCGAGAGAGGAGGAAGAACAAGCCAUCUCGAUAGCUGUCCAAAGGAAUAAACCAGGCACGGCUCAGACAUCGAUGGAUGUCAAAGAAACCGACUAUGAGUCGCUAGCAUUCCUUAUACUUGCCCGGGUGCUCAUCGAUGAUUGGAUUGCCCUUGGUGAUAAACGUGAUGACUACCUCAAUAUCCCGCCACCUUCCAGUCAAAUCAACUCCCAGGGGCUCAAGGGUAUGCCUUCGGUUUUAAACAGGUUUCAGAAAAGGCUGGUCCAUCAACUUGUUGAGGUGGAAUACCCAGGUUAUGUCACAAUUGGACGGCCUACAUUUGUCCAGAUUGUCCAUUACGAUGAAGACCGUGAGAACGCUAUUCGAGACAAAAGGGUACAGCGGGUGCGAGAGCGAGUUUGGAAUGAGACAGGAUUCAGAUGGAUUGCUGAGGCACUGGCUGGAGGCGAUCUCUCGAAUCUCAGCCCCGGUUAUUUCGGUGCCAUCAGAGCCAACAUGGGGCCCGUAGGCCAAGGCGAAACGCUUAAGGACUUUGUAGACGACUUCAAGAAGAACCUAAAAGCACAUCGGCCUGUUCUUGUUGGCCAUAACCUCUUCAUGGACUUGAUAUAUUUCUUUCGGUGCUUUUUUGGUCCUCUCCCGGACAGUGUGGAAGACUUCCAAGCGAUGGUGCACGAACAUUUUCCAGUCCUCAUUGACACAAAGUAUCUUGCCACACAUGAUUGCGGAUCGAUCAACCCAAGAUCAUCGUUGCAAGAGAUCAAUGACAGUUUGCUUCAAAUACCGAUACCCGAAAUCAUUAUACAUCCACACUUCGCCAGGUACCAUAUAGAGAAGAUCGACCAUGAAGCGGGAUACGAUAGUCUGCUUACAGCACAAGUAUUCAUCAAACUCUCUGCGCAGCUUGGCGAACGGCACCAGGUCGGGUUGGGCAAGUCAAUCUUAACUACAAACUCCCAAACGAAUGAACAAACUGGUCUUGACAAUCGGUUUUCUCAACUUCAGAUUGAAGAGACUCGGGCGGGACCCUCCAGUGCAACUGAUAACGACGACGAUAGCAUGAGAAGCGGUGAAGUUUUAGGCGAGUAUAGCCCUGCAGUCGAGACACGGCAGGCCAAAAAAGGACACUUGAUUCCAAGACCAAGUUUUCAAUUUUGGAAGGUUUAUGGCAACAAACUACGCGUCUUCGGAACAGAGGAAAGGGUCUGUGAUAUUGGUUGA